CUUAGAAACUGGCAAACACUCCCAUACUAAUAUUUCGACAGCUAUGGAAGCAAUAGUUCUGUACCCAACACCAGCCAUUGACCACUUGAUUCCCAUUGUGGAGCUAGGCAAACUAAUACACACAUACCACCCUUUACUCACCAUCCACAUACUCAUUGCCCCUGCACCCUACAAUGCUGGUUCCACAUCUCCAUACAUAGCCUCUGUCUCUGCCACUAAUCCCUACAUGACCUUUCACAGUCUCCCAAGUGUUACUCUUCCUCCCCCCACCUCUCUCCACCAUGAAACUCUUAUCUUUGAGCUCAUACGCCUCAACAAUCCCUAUGUCCACCAAUCUCUCCUUUUUAUAUCCAAAACCUACAACAUCCAAGCGCUCAUCAUAGAUUUUUUCUGCUUUAAUGCUCUUUCUGUUGCAGCCAAACUCAACAUCCCCGCCUACCACUUCUCCACUUCUGGCGCCGCUGCACUUAAUUUUAAACUAUAUCUCCCCACCAUUCACAAAAACACCACCAUGAAUUUCAAAGACCUCAACACCCUCCUUAACAUUCCUGGACUACCACCAUUAUUACCAUCUUCGGAUUUGGCAAAACUAUUAGGCGACCGUAAUGACAAGGCUUACGAGUGCUUUCUAGACGGCACUAUCAGCUUGAUUAAGUCAGCAGGAAUAAUUGUGAACACGUUUGAAUCGUUGGAACCAAAAGCUAUUCAGGCAGUAUCAAAUGGCCUAUGUGUCCCGGACGGUCCCACGCCACGUGUUUACCACAUAGGACCAUUGAUAGCAACUUACAAUGUAAGAAGUGAUCACAAUGAAGGUGAAGCCAUGCCUGAGUGCUUAACGUGGCUUGACUCGCAGCCCAGUCAAACUGUUGUGUUUUUAUGCUUUGGAAGUUUGGGUUUGUUCUCAAUAGAACAGUUGAAUGAAAUAGCUUUAGGGUUGGAGAGGAGUGGCCAAAGGUUCUUGUGGGUGGUACGAAAUCCACCUAGUAAGAAACAUAGCUUGGCUAUCUCAGUUCAGACUGACCCAGAUUUAGAUUCUUUGCUUCCAGAGGGUUUUUUGGACCGUACCAAGGAGAGGGGCUUAGUAGUGAAGUCAUGGGCACCACAACUGGCUGUGUUGAAUCAUGACUCGGUGGGUGGGUUUGUGACUCAUUGUGGAUGGAACUCGGUGUUGGAAGCUGUGAGUGCGGGUGUGCCAAUGGUGGCAUGGCCUCUUUAUGCAGAGCAAAGGUUCAAUAGAGUGGUGUUGGUGGAAGAUGUGAAGAUUACUUUGUCGAUGAACGAAUCGGAGGAUGGGUUUGUGAGUGCAACAGAAGUUGAGAAGCGAGUUAGAGAGUUGAUGGACUCGGAAAGUGGUAACAAGAUCAGGGAACGAACACUUGCUAUGAAAGAUGGAGCUAAGGCUGCACUGAGUGAGGGAGGGUCAUCUCAUGUUGCAUUAACCAAACUUGUUGAGUCGUGGAAGCGGCAAUGAGUUGAAUCUGUGCGGAACUUAAUCUAGCCUUUACUACGUGUAAUUAAAGAACAAAAAAACCACAUCAUUUUAUCAUUUUCUUAUUGGUAAAACUUAUUGGAAGAAUGAUUAAAUAAUAAAUAUUAU